CUGAGUUGGGGCUAGUCUUUGUCCCAGCCGGAAGACUCAAGGCUGAAUUGAAUGCCGUCGAACGUGACGGUGUUUCUGCUCCUUCCCGUCGGCUUGAAGCAUUCAAAAGGAUCGUGAAAGGCGGUCUUGGAAAGCAUCACAAAGGCGAGGGUUCAGUCCUACCAGGGCCGGGUCAGGGGCCCAGAUCUUUUCAGCAAGAUGACGCAUCAAAAGCUCACGAUGUGCCAGAAACGCCGAGGUCUAUGCUUCAACCGGGCGACACUAUCAAUCCAUCCUCUUCUCAAACCCUCAGCGCAGAGGCACCAGAUGAUCAACAGUCCUGGAUCGAAGGCCACAAGAUUGUUGUUGAAUCCAAUAAUGGAGAAAAUGUCCAUGUAUUAUCUAUUCCUCAAGAUUGCUCAGAUUCUCCUGCAUCUCGAUCUCAAGGUCCUUCAGUCGCCGUGGUCAAUGAUACAAUUGUCGUGGAUGAAACAUUGCUACCACGUGAUGCGGCUUCCCACGAUCAACAAGAGGAACAUCCAGCGGAAUCUGUUCGACCGAGGUCGUCUUCCUCUCGAUCAGCUUCCGUUCAUUCUGGGGACCCAGCCCCUGAUGAUGAUGAAUGGGAAGAAGAAAUCGACAGCCAGUCCGUACACUCAUCCACACAGCGAUCCCGAGGGACCUCAUCUCGUGCGCAUAGUACCAACUCAGCCCGACCUCGUUCUACUCGGCAUUCAUUGCGCCGAACUCAGAUUCUUCACGGCAAAUCUGCCCACUCGGGAUCAAAACUGGCUAGUGUAGACGAUAUUUCGCGCCCGGAGCCAAGUGCAGCUCGUCGAGCGUCCCAUCAUCCUGCUCGCACUAUCGGAUUCCAUAACGUGAAAGAUCAUCAUCCUCGGUCGGGGUUGAGUGCGAUAAGGAGUGGGCAUGCAUCUACUAGAUCUUCAUCACCGUCACAAUCCAUUAGAUUUGCAGAUCACAUGGCUCGACCUAACCGAGGAGGACCUAAAAAAACCAAGAAGCGGUCAAAACUUGGUAUACUAAAACGCAUAUCAUCUAGUAAUCCAAGUAGUUCACUUCCGCCUGACAACGCUGAAGACCCUUCGGCGGAAGGGGAUAAGGAGAGUAAACCUGAAAAUUGAAGUUUAUAUUUUCAUUGCUCUCACAAAGAGGUCGAAUGACUGGAUUAUGUAAUUGGCCUGGACGACAAGAGCAUUAAGACCAGGCCUUAUCUUUUAAGACAAUAUGCUGUAAUAGAUAUUUAUAGUUUUUUCUUUUUGGUUGGGUGGUAUUUGGUUUACAUUAUUGAUUGUAUGUCAAAAAAAAAUCAGACUUAGUUAAUCUUUUUUGGUGUUUGAAGAUUUAUCAAGAAAAUCCGUACUAUACAGAAUCAUGUUUUGAAAAUCUCAUGUUUCAAAUUACUCAAAACUUUAUGCUAUGUGUAGGAGGUCAAAGUUGAUUUAUCAAAAGAAAAAAAGGUUCUUUGCAUUUAUUUAUCUCUUUUUUUUCUCUCUUAUUGGGGUCUUGUUUUGUGUUUAAAAUUAUGGGUUGUUGGGUGAAUCGAUUAUGUGAUUAAAUUAGUAAAUCAGUACAUUGUCUUGUGUUUUUUUGUUUGAGAUUGUCAUUUUGAACUUGAGAUUCAUUAGCUAAGAGUAUCUCACCAGUC